UUUCAUAAAAGCACAAUGCGACUCCUUAGCAGCUUAGUUAGCGCGCGAAGCGCAUCCUCGAAACAUUUAGAAAAACCUAAAUCUAACUGCGUUUGUGGCAAUAACAAUUUAGUGUACUUAAUUUUUACCCAAAGAGAAACACGGAAAAAAAUUACGGUGGCCAUUCAGAUCAUGAUCCUUUGUGUGUUCAUGAUUUGGCUUGUGAGUGCAGUAGUAGGAAUCGAAAUGUUGCACAAAUUGCCCGAAGAGACCGCUUUUGUAUCAAAAGUGGAGCCUCAUGAAACGCAACCUUGCACUUGCGAGUGUUAUAACACCACUGAAAAUUUCCAAGUUGAUGUCGAGUGCACCUGCUCAGGGAAGGAACUGCAACACAUCCCUGAUUUUCUUAAUAAAACUUUAACUAAACUUGUGAUCACCGAUUCGGAUAUCAAGAGGAUUAGGAAGGACGAGCUGAAGCCUUAUAGGGAGAAUCUCAAGGAUGUGACUCUGGGUAACCUGCCAUACUUGCGAGUUAUCGAAGAUGGCACUUUUGCCGACAUUCCGAAUUUGAGAACAUUGUACAUAUCACACGCUCCUCAGCUCAAGUUCCUCGAUGGGUUACUAAUGGGUGUUACUUCAAAGAAAUUCUACUCCUUAAGGAUAGUGCAGACUGGGCUGGCCGAAGUGCCAGAUCUAUCAUAUCUACCUCCUGAAAAUGUCAUGCAUUUACUUGACUUGGAUUUGAACAAAAUUGACAAACUUAAAGCAAACUCUGUAAAAAUUCAAGCCGAACAAGUAACGCUGAAUUACAAUGAAAUAACAGUUGUGGAAAACUUGGCGUUUAAUGGCUCACAAAUAGGCAAGUUGAAUCUUGGCGGCAACAAAAGACUGAAAAAAUUGGAACCCAAUGCUUUUAAAGGUCUCCAAAGUUUGAGAGAAUUAGACUUAUCCAGUACGUCCAUUGAAAAUCUUCCAGUUGUAGGAUUGGGAGAAAUUGAGACUCUUCGUAUCGAAGAUACUCCUUCGAUGAAAGUAAUUCCAAGUAUUUACGAUUUGGAGAAUUUGAAAGUGGCUAAAUUGACGCACCCUUUUCAUUGUUGUGCAUUCAAAUAUCCCGAACAACAUAAUCCCGAGAGACAUGCACAAUAUGAGGAGACGACUAAAAGGGCCUGUAAGGAAUCGACAGUUGCUGUUGACACGGGACAACUGGAUGGAAAUAAAAGGACGAAACGGUGGUUUCAGGAUGACUAUGAUCCCAGUCUCAAUGUUCUCGGCUACGAACGCAUCGGCUCUCGGCCGCUACCCCCCAAAGACUGGACCCCCAACCUGGACCACUUCAAAGGCCACCCCAAUAAAAGCGACCAUUCCCACUUGGACCCCCUUCGAGGCCGCACCAUCGACCAUGAAGAGGCCCGUCCACUAGACUACGAAGAGGAUUUUGGGACUUUCCACGCCAAAUCUGCGGAAAUCUCCCAACAACACAAAGUUUACGCUGUUUGUGGCAAUUUAGCCAUGAUGAGAACGCCUUCAGUCAAAUGCUUUCCUGAAGCCAACGCUCUCAACCCUUGCGAAGACAUCAUGGGCUUCUCUUGGUUGAGAAUUUCAGUGUGGUUCGUGGUAGUGUUGGCGGUUGUGGGCAAUUUAGCCGUCAUUGUAGUCGUGUUGUUCAGUGGGGGCGAACUAACCGUGAAUAGGUUUUUAAUGUGCAAUUUGGCAUUCGCCGAUUUUUGCAUGGGGUUGUACCUGCUGUUGAUCGCAAGCAUGGAUCUACAUUCAGUGGGGACGUAUUUCAACUUCGCUUUCGAUUGGCAAUAUGGUUUCGGUUGUAAACUAGCAGGUUUCCUCACAGUUUUCGCCAGCCACCUCUCGAUUUUCACCUUGACCAUCAUAACCCUGGAACGCUGGUUCGCCAUAACAUACGCCAUCCACUUGACUCGCCGCAUCCGUCUGGGGGCUGCCGCCAAAACCAUGCUCGGGGGUUGGAUGUACUCAAUUCUCGUCGCAUCACUUCCUCUAGUCGGAGUCAGCAAUUACAGCAGCACGAGCAUUUGUCUCCCGAUGGAGGUGAACCGAGUCGCCGAUAGGGCCUAUCUCUACUCUAUAAUCCUAGUUAAUGCAAUAGCUUUUGCUCUAAUCGCGUUCUGCUAUGCUCAGAUUUAUCUGAGUUUGGGACAAGAAACGCGCCAUGAAAUGGCCAUUGCGAAAAAAUUCGCACUGUUGGUGUUUACGGACUUUGCAACGUGGGCUCCCAUUUCGUUUUUCAGCGUUACGGCCCUGGCGGGGUACCCGCUGAUCGGCGUGACGAAAAGCAAGAUUUUAUUAGUGUUUUUCUACCCGAUUAAUUCGUGUGCGAAUCCGUACCUGUAUGCCAUUAUGACAGCACAGUACAGGAAGGAUUUCUUUAUUCUCUUGUCGAGAUGCGGCUUAUGUAAAAAGAAAGCACAAAAAUAUACUCUAACCACAUCAAAUAAUUCACACCCAAUUCCACUCCUCCAGCGAUCGAACGGCCAGUGCCAGAUAAUCAAAGCGAAUCAUAUUGAUGACACAUUGAUAUAAUGUGAUUUCUGUUCUGUGAUUUGAAUUUUAAACAUGGACAAAUGACUUUUUUACUAUUCUUGUAUGACCCUGCUUUUAGUCUAGAUACAAAUAUUGACAUUCCUAUUCCUGUAAUUUUAGGCUCAAUAAUUGUGUUUUUGUAAAAUCAGACGAAUAGGGUAGACAAUAAAUGAUAUUUUGUACAGAUCUAGCAUUUUUAUAUUUAUUUUGUAAAUAAAUAAGUCUAGCAUUUUAUUUUCUUUGUACACACCCGACUCUUUCCA